CAUAGUUGCACAACUUGUAUUUGAGGUAAAACUGGCUGUGUCCGUCACGUUGACAUUGGGAAACAAACCGGACGGGACGGAAGAACGUGACUGAGGUUACUUGUUACACAGGACAGGAUGGGGGCCUCCAUGUCCACACCCGCUCCACCUACGGUGAAGGCUGAGACCAUGAUGGCCGCCCCUCCUCAGGGUUGUCCUAUGCACCAAGACGUCCAGCCGGUCAAAGUGUCUCCACCUGCAGAGUGUCCCAUGCAUCAAGCUCCGCCUGUCAAAGCAGUGUCUCCUCUGUCUGAGUGUCCCAUGCACAAAGCAGAGGCAGGUCCAGUCCACCAGGACCGGGCCUACGAGUUUGUGGAGUGUCCCAUGAGGGCAGCAGCCGGCAUGCAGAGCGACAUUGAUCCAUCAAAUAUGAUGCCUCCUCCUAACCAGACGCCAGCUCCAGACCAGCCCUUUAACCUGUCCGUGUCCAGGGAGGAGUCCACCAUUCCCCGUCACGACACAGAGAAGAACUGGGUGUAUCCGUCGGAGCAGAUGUUCUGGAACGCCAUGCUGCGGAAAGGGUGGCGCUGGCGGGACGAUGACCUCGCUCCAGAUGACAUGACCAACAUCAUUAAAAUCCACAACCGGAACAACGAGCAGGCGUGGGAGGAGAUCCUGAAGUGGGAGACGUUACACGCACGAGAGUGUCCAUGCGGUCCCACGUUGAAGAGGUUUGGUGGGAAGGCCAAGGAGUUCUCGCCCAGGGCCCGUAUCCGUCACUGGAUGGGCUACGAGCUUCCAUUCGACCGGCACGACUGGAUCAUUGACCGCUGUGGGAAGGAGGUGCGCUACAUCAUCGACUACUACGACGGUGAAAUCAACAAAGACAACUACCAGUUCUCCAUCCUGGAUGUGCGCCCUGCCUUUGACUCUAUAGACGCUGUGUGGGACCGCAUGAAGGUGGCCUGGUGGCGCUGGACCUCCUAAAGGACUUGACAUCAGGGUGGUGCUGGGGAAAAAGACUGUUAUAGUGUCUGAAGAUCAGUCUGCUCCUUUAUUUCAUGCUUCAUAGAAGACUGAUUAAAAACGCUGUAAUGAGGCGGAUCUUAAAGCAACAAGGCCGUCUCAGAUGUUUGACUUUGGAGUGGCUGAUUGAAUGGAUUUAACCUUCUUCCAUGUGUGAGGUGGUGAGUUGCUUCACCAGAAGCUUCCCCUAACUAGAUCCUGUCAGGCUGCAGCGAGGGAAGGUCUUUGCUUCAUUUCCACUCUCCAAGAUGCAGGUCAGAGUAGAAAAGCAAGUAGGUUAUUAUAAACAUUUUUACUGACACGUGUCCCAAACCAAAAGUAAGAAGUCACAGAAUCUUUAAAAUAGUUCAAGCUAGUCCUGAUCAAUGAAUCUGUCCUGGAUUUUUAACCAGGACCUUUCUGUGUAAACCCUGCCUGCUGCACAUCACCCAUGCACCGAAGCUGGAUAGUUUGUUCUCUCAGAGGCAUGAAGUGCUGCAAGGGAUUAAUAAAGUAUUUCUAUUCUAUUCUAACCUGCACGGCGUCGGCUGUGUGAUGGUGCUUGUUCCUCUGCUGGGUAGGACUGGAGCUCCGUGUCUGUUGUAGAUGGAAUAAGAGCAGCAGGAGGAAUAUCUGCUGCUGCUUUCAGCUCAGCAAUGAAGCAUGUUUAGAGGCUGAAUGACCACCACCUUGAAACCUGCAUGGACUGCCCUUCCUUCCUGUCUGCCCAUACUGGGGCUAUUUAUUGUUGGAAUGAGGGAAGUGGAAAGUUUUUUUUGUGCAUGGACACACUCCAUGCUUCUGGAAAUGUUUUCAUUCUGUUAAUAAAUUGAUUCUUUUCUGCU